AUGCCUGAAUGCCGGGGGACACACGAGGGGGAGGAAGGGAUCGUGCGAGCUGCUGGCCGCGCUGCGCUGCCUGCUGCCCCGCCCGGCCGGCCCAGGCGGUCGCGGCUCAUUCGGAGAAUGGCCGCAGCCACGGCGUGCGGCUCCCCGCCUCCCCGCCCGCCCCGCGAACAGCAGCCGCCGCCGGCGGCGCGGAAGCGGGGUGACUCCCGGCGGCGGCAGGCCGCCCUCUUCUUCCUCAAUAACAUCUCCCUGGACGGACGGCCGCCCUGCCCGCCCGCCGAGAAACCACCGUUGCCGCCGGCCGCCGGCCCGGGAGAAGGAGAGGAGGCGGUGGCGGAGCCGGCCGGAGCCCCCCCGCGCUUGCUGUCCCCGCCGCCCGUCUGCCAACCGCCGCCCGCCCUGCUGCUACCCGGUGUCCCCCCCAUCGCUGGAGCCAAGGGGGAGGCGGACCCCUCCCGCGGGGGCAUCUUCCUGCCGCAGCUGCUGCUGGGCCCCCCGCUCUGCCCGCCGCCCCCGGCACCCCCCGCCCUGCCGGGGAUGCUGGCGGUCGCCAAGCCGGGAGCCCCGGGGCUGCUGAGCCCCACGCAGAGCGCAGCGGGCGGCGGCGGCGGCUUCGCUCUGGAGGCGCAGCGGCAGAGGACCAAGCAUAUAUCUGGGUCACCACGACACAAAAGUUUGAAGAAGAUGCACUUCAUCAAGAACAUGAGGCAGUAUGACACCAAGAACAGCAGGAUCGUGUUAAUCUGUGCUAAACGAACACUGUGUGUGGCUUUUUCCAUCCUUCCUUACGGGGAGAGUUUAAGGAUCAGUGAUCUGAAAAUGGAAGGGCAGAAGCAGAGACAUCCUUCUGGGGGAGUUUCUGUCUCCACUGAAAUGGUGCUUGGACUGGAAGGAGUAGAGCUGGGUGCUGAUGGCAAGGUUGUGUCCUAUGCAAAUUUCUUGUAUCCAACCAAUGCCCUGGUGGUUCGGAAAGCUGAGAGCUACAGUGCUGCUCCCCCCUGCAGAGCCACUGCCUCACGGAGUCUUCCUGGAUCAAGAUACAAACCUGUGACAGCAAAAACAAUCCCAGCAGGAACAGAGAUAGGAAGUGAAGCUGGAGAAGCUGCAGAGUAUGAUCCAAAUAUUCUGGAUGAUCCUCAGUGGCCCUGUGGAAAACACAAACGUGUUCUCAUCUUUGCCUCUUACAUGACUACAGUCAUAGAAUAUGUGAAACCCUCGGACCUUAAAAAGGAUAUGAAUGAAACCUUUAGGGAGAAGUUUCCUCACAUCAAGCUGACACUGAGCAAAAUCAGGAGUUUGAAGAGAGAGAUGCGGAACCUGAGCGAGGAGUGCAACCUGGAGCCUGUGACUGUCUCCAUGGCUUAUGUUUACUUUGAGAAACUCGUCCUCCAGGGCAAACUCAACAAACAGAACCGCAAACUGUGCGCUGGUGCUUGUGUUCUGCUUGCAGCCAAGAUCAGCAGUGAUCUCAGGAAACACGAAGUUAAACACCUUAUUGAUAAACUAGAAGAAAGAUUCAGAUUCAACAGAAGAGAUCUGAUUGGCUUUGAAUUCACCGUCCUUGUAGCUUUGGAACUGGCACUCUACCUUCCUGAAAGCCAAGUGUUACCUCAUUACAGACGACUGACACAACAGUCCUAACCAAAGCCACCUUCCAGCUGAGGCUCUGGGCAUCACCUCACUGAAGGCUCCUGGUGAAGGUGUUCCUGGCCUUCCAGUGCCAUGGCUCCAGCCAGUCCUCAAGUCUCCUAUGAAACUGUCCAGGUCUGCAUCAUGGACACGUGUGCCAAGUCUGGGGAGAUGGUACAAGAGGAGUUGUGGAACUUUUGAAGUUUUCUUUGUGGACGUUUAAAGCACAAGUGUUCACCAGUCAGCUGUCGUGGCUGCUUAUUAUUCCUUAUUUAUCUUUUUUGGUUUUACUGAAACUGUUCUUAGGAAGAAUACUAUGGUAUUGUUUGGUUGGUUUUUUUGGUUGGGUUUUUUUAAGCUUUUAUUGUAUUCCUUGAAAUUGAAGGAAGCCUCACUUCCAUUCCAGUGCACCAUAAUGUUCAGAUGUUUUUAAGAAUCUUCUUGCAUUUUUACAUUAAUGAAAUGCAUACUUUAUUUUUUUAAAGAUGUGCCUAAAACUUAGCUGGUCUGGUACCAGUGCUUUUUAAGUUAGUUAUGUUAUUUAGUGGAAAUUCCUGAAUUUGUAUAGCCAUUUAUUCUUUACCUGCAUUGGCCUUGCAUACAAGGAAAACAAUUCCAAUCUAUCUGCACUAACAAUACACAGGGCAUUUAGUCUGUACUUACAGCUCACUAAGUAGCAAGACUGAAAUGACUCUGUUCCAGUUGAAUUAAUAAUGAUGAAUACCUUAAGAUACAUUUUAUUUAAAGAGGAGAGAGAAAAUCUAUCAUUAAAUACCAGUUGUCAAACAAGGUAGCUGCAGCAAAAUGAUUGCCAUCCCUAAUCCACUCCUGAGUGGGAGAUGAGCCCUGGAACAAGGGCAAUUUGCUGUCAAAUGUAUCAUUUAUGAUUUUUCUUUCAGUGUUCUGUAGUCUCAAACAAGCACCUUUUUAGUCUGACUGUACUGUACCUGGUCUGAUGUGUUCUGAGCAGAUCUUCAGUCAGCAGAGCUCCUGCUGCCCAACUAAAGCCACUGAUACAAAGCAUGCUCAAAGUAUGGAAAACCCAACUUUUUUACUCUGUUCUUCCAAGCAUUUGCAUCACUGUGAUGGGCCUCCUGAAACUGGCAUUUGUUGCACAUCUGAAGAGGCACUUGCUGGCCUGUGCCCAGCAGCAUACAGAGGUUCAGUCAUUUCUCUGACUCUUCCAUUUAUUUUCCAAAUGUCUGGGUUGGGAAUGGACUCUGUAUGUGGAACCUUCUGUGAUACUGUCUCUUGGGUUUAUUUUCUGAAGCAAUAUUAUGAUCAAAGUUAACUGUGUCCAUUUGCAAGGAGCAAAGCUGAUGCUUGGCUGUUACGACUGAGGAAUCUGUAAUUUAAGUUUGACUCCUAAAUGAAUUUCUAGACCUCAUAGUGAGGUAAGGGACCUGCUGUAUAAUAUGUAAAGUAAUGUAAAUUUCUGUUCCUUGUAUUUAAUGUUGUUUGUGGGCAAAACCAAAGCUGAGUCUUUCCUCUUCAGCUUUGUUUUGGCUGAAGCUAAUCUGGCUUCCAUUAGAAUUGCAGCAAACUUUACUGAAGCCCCUUCCUCUGUAAGUAGGGACUGAAAUGUAUUUUUCAUAUAUAAUAAUAACAGUGACUAUCAGAUCCUUUGUAACUGUGUUCAGCUGUGUGUAGCUUUGAGUUAUUUGUGUAAAACUUAAUAUGCUUGUGACUUCUCUCUAACACAGGACUCUCCAAUCUCCAGAAGUGAGAUGGUAGCUACUAAGUUAGGAGGUAACUGGCAAGCUUACUGUCUAAAAACAUUUAAAAAGAUGCCUACUAGUUAAACUUUCUACUGAAUAUAACUGUCCUUGCAUGCAAGAAAUAGUGUUGUAAUAAUCAGCUAGUGUAUAGUGAGCCUCCAGCUGAGCAUCAGUGCUGAGAACAACUUCCUAAACUUGUUAGAGGUAGAAAUGAGCAAAGGAAUUUUCUCACACUAUCUCCAGAACUAUCAGAACACUCUGGUUGCUAUGAAAGAGAUCAGAAAACACCUUUCUCUGGGAGCUUCUUUGUUCAGUGUAGAAAGAGCUUUCUGUAAGGAAAUUAACUUUCCUUUCUCACCAUCUAAGGGAAAAAAGACUUUUUGUUUGUUUGUUUGCAACACUUUGCAGUCUCUAUUCAGUGGAAGUCUCCUUGCAGUGGGCAGCAGAGCUGCAGUGACACUCCCAGCAGCUCUGGUUUCACCUGGCAACCCGGGAACCUUUUGUUUUCCCUUUCAGGAGAACAAAUCAGGAUAAGGAGCAUUAAAUUACAGAAGCCCGAAUGUUGUUGAAGGGUAACUCUAAACACACAGUGUUCCUGAGCCCAAAAGCUGCAGCACAGGCCAAAAAAACCCGAAGUUGGGGAGCAAAGUUUGUGCCCACAGCUCUGGCAGAGCCCCUGUCACCCACAGCCUGGUUUGUCCCUCCCUCCCGGUGUCCUGCAGAGAUGCACCCAAUAAAUCUCUCUGGAACUCUGAAUUUUUCUAUUUCUAGAAGGUAGCUUGCAGUCCUGUGCGGGAAUUUCACCUAAAAGCUGCCACCGUGUGGCAAAGGACGAUUAUUACCGCCUGAACCGGUACCAAACGGACCCAAAACCACCGGCUUUCUUUUUCCACAUCCCAACUCCUCUGGCUUUGCCCAACUGGGCUGUCCCAGCCCGGAGAACUCUCUGGACGAAGCAGCAGCAGAACUUUUCCAUGGGCACUUUGUCUUUUUUCCAUUAUUUCAAAGCCUGGAGUUGUAACCCGGUCCCUCGCGUCCUCCAUCAACUCGUGGAAUUUAAGAUGCUGGUCCCCCCGUCCCUGGGGGCAGCCCCGGAGGUGCCGUCCCGGCGCUCUCCCCGGGCUCUCCUCGGAGCUCUGGGGGUUCGGG